AUGGAGUGUAUAUUGAAGCCGGUAAACAGGCAAAUCACAACCAGCUCGAGUAUACAACACGAACACGUGCCCAUGAGUUAUUGUUUUUACGUUCGCCCAGAUCCAAAAGUGUUACCCGAUAACAUAUGUAAAGCAUUGCCAAAAGAACCUGUACUAUACCGUGGACCUGACGCGGCAAAACAUCUCGUCUACACUCUGGUGACUUUAGGUCGACAAGUUCUGGAUAUCAUGAAGAUUAAUAUUGAAAUGUACCGUUUGACUGUGACUGAACAGGAAAAGUUCGAUAAAACAACACGGUGUGGAUCUUGCUCGGUGUCGUUUGAUGAUAAAUGUACAAAAGUACAUGAUCAUAACCACUGGACGGGAAAGUUUAGGGCUGUUUUAUGCAACAGAUGUAAUUUGCAAAGACGGUACCCUACUUUUUUACCCGUGGCGUUUCACGGGCUAUCCAACUAUGACUCACAUUUUAUCAUUCAAGAGCUGACGUACGACACCGAGGACAUUACUAUAAUACCACAGUCUGAAGAAAAGUACAUCUCGUUCAGCAAGACCAUUGGCGAUCGUUUUCAACUCCGGUUCUUGGAUUCGUAUCGUUUUCUACAGGAUAGUCUGGCGAAAUUGGCACAAACACUCACCCGAGAUGAUUUUAUCGAAACGGAAAAAGUUUUCAAACAGAACACCGAUUUGGCCACGAGAAAAUCAGUUUUUCCAUACGAGUACAUCGACUGUGUGGAAAAGCUCGACGAAACAAAACUGCCCGACAUUAGUGCGUUCUAUAGCAGUUUAUCAAACAGUACAAUAUCAGAGGCUGAUUAUGGACAUGCAAAAACAAUGUGGGACACGUUCGAAUGUAAGACCAUUGGUGACUAUAGUGACAAUUAUUUGCUGGUCGACGUAAUGGUUUUAGUGGAUGUGUUUGAAAAGUUUCGGGUGGAGUGUUUGAAAAAUUACAAGUUGGACCCCGCACACUAUUACUCGUGUCCAGGAUUAUCAUUUGAUGCAAUGCUGAGGUAUACCGGUGUGAAACUAGAGCUUUUAACAGACCACGAUAUGCUUUUAAUGUUUCAACUUGCUAUCCGUGGUGGCCUAACUUCAGUAGUGCAAAGACAUGCCCGGGCGAACCAUCCCGAAGUUCAUGGAUAUGACCCGUCAAAAGCUCAAACUUUCCUUCAGUACAUAGAUGCUACGAAUCUAUACGGAUUUGCAAUGAUGCAACCUAUGCCGUGCGGAGAGUUUGAGUGGACAGAUGUACCGUUGGACGUGAUCUUGGGCACGAAAGACGACAGCGACUAUGGUUAUCUCUUGGAGGUUGAUGUCGAUUACCCGCAGCACUUGCAUGAUCUGCACAACGACCUACCGUUUCUACCGGUCAACGAGUGCCCGCCACUGAAAACGAGCAAGUACAGCAAGCUGUUGACCACACUCUCAACCAAGAGAAAAACUUUGGAAAAUGUUCGCAACCAUCAAGUCAUUCAUUUGGUUAGUUGCAGUGAGAAAUUAUCAAAGCUCGUUGCCAAACCAUCAUUUAAAGACACGACUAUUUUCAAUGAUAAGUUGGUUGCCGUACACAUGUACAAAGAAAAGAUAAAUUUUUUCAAACCCAUAUAUAUCGGACAGUCAGUACUUGACAUCAGCAAGUGUAUCAUGUACCGGUUUCACUACGAUGUCAUGCUGCCCAUGUACGGCGAUAGGCUUUCAUUAAUUUAUAUGGAUACAGAUAGCUUUAUAUAUGCAAUACAAACUUUGAACUUUCACCGAGAUCUUGAAGAACAUUUGUUAAAAUAUUUUGACACAUCAAACUAUCCUAAAGACCAUCCGUGUUACACUGACGUACGUAAAAAGGUGCCUGGAACAUUCACCGACGAAGCUGGCGGUUUACAUAUGCAAGAAAUUGUUGCACUCAUGCCAAAGGUAUAUGCAUACAUACUGUCCAAGCAAUACGAACAACAACAGCAGCAACAAUUAUCAAACAUCGUCUGCCCAAUCAAGAGACUUAAAGAAAUUAAAAAACUCAAAGGAGUGACAUCGGGUGUGGUCGCAACUAAAAUAAACAUGAGCGAUUAUCUUCAUUGUCUAAAGACCAAAUUGACUCAAUCACAUAAAGUUUCAGUCAUACGAUCAAAACUUCAUGAAGUCAUAACCAUGGAUACACAGAAACUGUCGUUGAGCAACUCGUACGAUAAGAGGGCCCUGGUCGGUGGUUCCGAUGAAUACCCCGAUAUUUACACCAAGGCAUGGGGUCAUUAUUCACUCAAAGAAAAUAAUUAA